UCAGGACCACGCCUCUAGAUGGCAGAUAAAUAACAUCGAAUCACACUGUGCUUAUCAUGUAGUAUUGUGUGAUGCUUUGUACUGACCCUUUAAUACUUUAAUUUUUUUUACAGAAAUGAAUCGACUACUCAAUUAUAAUAGAUGGAAUGUGAAAAAUCUUAUAGAAAGCUAUACACCAUGUAUGUUUACCAAUUACAAGAAAUUUUCAUCACAUAAUGAGCAGAACUAUCAAUUUUUACAACAAAGCAUUGUUCCUACAAUGCAUUUUCAAGCUAGUCUUCCACGUUUACCAAUUCCAGAAUUAGAAAAAACAUGUGAAAGAUACUUAAAUGCUGUUAAACCUAUUACAAGUGAAGAAGAAUUUAAAAGAACACAAGGGAUUGUUGAAUCAUUUAAAAAUAAUAUUGGAAAAGUACUUCAUGAAGAAUUAAUUGAGUUAGAUAAGAAAAAUAAAUUUACAAGUUAUAUAUCAGGUCCAUGGUUUGACAUGUAUCUAAAAUCUAGGACACCCGUAGUUCUAAAUUUUAAUCCUUUUUUGAGUUUCAAAAAUGAUUCUAAGCCAGCUUAUAAUGAUCAGUUGAUUCGAGCAACAAAUAUGUUGAUUUCUUCUCUCAGAUUUUUUAAAUCUUUAAGAGCUGAAAUAUUGGAACCAGAAGUUUUUCAUUUGAAUCCUGAGAAAAGUGACACACCUUUUUUUCGAAAAAUUGUUAGGUUUUUCCCAAAAUCGAUUUCAUGGUAUGGUGCUUAUUUAUUUAAAGCUUUUCCCCUUGAUAUGAGUCAGUUUCAUAAUUUGUUCAAUUCAACAAGAAUACCUCAUCAGAAUAAAGAUGAAAUUAGAAGAAAUUCAGCUGGCCGUCAUAUUUUAGUAUUAAGAAAAGGUCAUUUCUAUGUUUUUGAUGUAUUAGAUAAUGAAGGCAAUAUUUUUCCACCUUCCUAUAUUCAUGCUUGUUUGAAUUAUAUUAUGAAAGAUAAGCAUCCCACUGUUUUGGAUUCAAUUGGUGUAUUAACUACAGAAAACAGAGAUACUUGGGCAUCAGUAAGAAAACAUCUAGAAAAUUUAGGAAAUGGAGAGCAAUUGAAGCUUAUUGAUAGUGCUCUGUAUGCUUUGAUUUUAGAUGAUGAGGAUUGGGGUGAUGAUAAAGUAAAAUUAGCACAUGAGAUGCUCCAUGGCCCUGCAGAAAAUAGAUGGUUUGAUAAAUCUUUUCAACUAAUAAUAAAUAAAGGUGGAGUUGCUUGUAUCAACUUUGAACAUUCCUGGGGUGAUGGUGUUGCUGUAUUAAGAUUUUUUAAUGAGAUAUUUAAUGAUUCUACAACAAAUCAUCAUAUUCACCCUCAUUCAAUUCCUGCAAACUUAGAUGUAACACAGAAAGUUAAAGUGUUAGAAUUUAAAGUUGAUGAAACAGUCAAGCAAGCCAUACAUAUUGCUCAGGAAAAUUAUCAUAAAUUGACAAGCAAUUUAAACAUUGAUAUCAUGCAAUAUUUUAAGAUGAAUAGAGAUUACUUAAAAAAUCAAAAAAUCAGUCCUGAUUCCAUUAUGCAAUUAGCUAUCCAGAUGGCUUUUUACAAGCAAAACAAUAAAAUACCAGCAACUUAUGAAUCAUGUAGUACUUCAGCAUUUAAACAUGGUCGGACAGAGACAGUGCGUUCAGCAACGACAGCAACAAAGACAUGUGUUGAAGCAUUUACCAAGAAAAAAAACAAACCAUCACCCAGUGAAUUAAGAACAAUGUUAAAUGAUUGUUCCAAAAUUCAUAACCAGUUAACAAAAGAAGCAGCAAUGGGUCAAGGUUUUGAUCGACAUUUAUUUGCAAUGAAGUAUUACAUUGAAAAGAAAGGGGAAAAGCUGCCAGAAAUAUAUCAAGAUUCUACCUAUAUCAAAGCCAAUCAUUUCCAUCUAUCAACAUCCACAUUAUAUGGAACAGCAUUUAGUGGUGGUGGUUUUGGUCCAGUAGUGGAAGAUGGAUAUGGUGUUGCCUAUGGUUUUCAUGAUGAAUUACCAGGAUGUGCUGUGAGUUCUUACUCUACAUAUAGGAAUGGUAGAGAGUUUGCAGAAUGUAUUGAAUCCUGUUUAAAUGAUAUAUAUCAGGUAUUGAAUGCUACACGUAAAAUUGACGGAUAAAUUUCUGUUAAAUGCUUAUUUAUAAAAUAUAUAAGAAAUAAAAUCAACAAAUUUAUAUAUACAAUAUAUUUUUUUAAAUUGAAUGAAAUUUUAUAAAUUUUAUAUAAAUAAUUGUAUGUACAGUGCACUCUUGCUAAAUCUUAUUAAUUAUGAUACAAGAUUGUUUGGAUAAGCAAUAUUAUGUAUAAAGAAAAGGAAGUCAAAAAGACUACAGAGUAAUGUAUAUAGUAUGUUUCUUUUGUUUACAGUAUAUAAAAUAUAUACAGACAGUAUUUUUAUUUUGUAAUCAUAAAAAAUGUUAUCAGUUAUAAUGUUACUAAAAUUAGCAAUUCCCAAAACAAGUCAAAAUACAUUGUAAAAACUUUGUUUAUUGUACUCACAAUUUUAUUAUAAUCUUCAGAU